AUGGCGACAAUGGCGUCCAACCUACCCAUACCACUUCCACCACGAACGCCCACGCCGCCCACACCCAACCCCCCUUCUCCCACCAGCGAAACGCCAGUAGGACUCGGACUCGGCUCUGAGCUGAGAGCACAAUAUGACUACGAUGUGCAGCAAGGCUCGCCCGAACGAGAAGGAGGUCUUCGAACUGGAUCAACAGCAUCACUACUCUCACCAGAGAGCGCGACCUUCAGCGUGAAUGGAGGCCUGAGUCCACCAAAUGCCUUCUACAGCCCAGUCACGCCACCGACUGCCAGUACAGACGGAGGCUUCGGAAGCCUCGAUGCCGUCACUGCGAACAAUGGAGCGACGAAUCCUUUCAAUUUCACCACACAGCAGUAUGCGCCUCCUUCGCAGGCUACUGCGGGAAAGAGCGAACUGUUGAAGGGGAGACGAGGGCACAAGUACAGACACUCGAGCAUACACGCCGUACACAUGGACGCAAUCUUUAAGCCGCCUCCAAGUGCACGAACACCAUUGAGCGUACCGGGCAGCCUGCCUAUGCCUACGAGAAAAGAAGCGUGGUGGAGCAUGACGAAACAUCAGACAAUGCGCUUGACUUGGUGUCUGUGCCACUUUUUGAUAGCUGGAUAUGUGCAAUUCAGUGGAGCAGGGAGUCUGGCCAUGACUGCUCUGAGCCGACUGCUACUAUUCGAUGCGGCAGGUGCGACCGUCUGCGUAGUUGUCGAUGUCAUGGGCAACUUCGAAGUCUGGAAACGAUCAUCAAUCAAACACCCCUUCGGCCUCGAGCGUGCAGAUGUGCUGGCAGGCUUCGGCAUGGCUGUCUUCAUUGCAUUCAUGGGAUUGGACGUGAUAUCUCAUGGCAUACAGCACAUGCUGGAAAAUGUUGGAACUCAUGUUGCGCACUCGCCACAUGCCCACGAAAGAGUUGGGACUGUGCACGUUGAUACUGCAAGUCUGCUGUCAAUCGUGAGUACUAUGGUGUCGGCAGUAUUGCUCAAGAACCAUGCGCGAAUUGGGAAAGCAAUGCGACUUGAGCUACUGGCGGGCUGGGGUAAGAUUUUGGGCAAUCCGUCGCACUUCUUGACGUUGUCAUGCUCGCUUCUGAUGCUACUCCUGCCAUUCCUGACCGAGGAUACCUAUGGCUUACUCGACAAAGCGCUGUCUUUCAUCAUUGCUGGACUCAUGAUCGCAUUAGGUGUGCGCCUCGCAACAUCUUUAGCGUCGAUGCUUCUAAUGAGCUUCCGCCCACCUGGAAAGGGUGCGCUUGAAUUGGUGAUCGACGACAUCGCCAACGCCGACUCCUCCAUUACGAACGUUGACGAGGCAAGAUUCUGGCAGGUGCAUUACGGACUCUGCAUGGCGAAUCUGAAGAUGCGCUACCGUGGCAGCAGAGGUGGAUAUGGCAUGAACACCGACGACAUGACGAGAAUCAGAAAGAAGGCCGAGAGCUUGAUUAGGGAAAGGCUGAACGGUUGGAAGUGGGACGUGAGUGUGCAGCUUAGUGUGGAGACGGACUAG